AUGUAAAUCGAGUUUGAUUAAUACUUAUCAUUGUUAACUAAUUUAGAUGAAGAAACUAGUAAUAGGAUAAAAGAGUAAUAUCUUAUGGUUAUAAAUAAUUAAUCAGAAGCUUUAAAGUGGAAUGACUAUCAAAGUAAACUAUUAAAGUCUUUGAUACAGACCUAUUGUUCUAAUUAAAAUAUAAUCCACACUCAAAUACCUGACGAUGUUUGGAACAUAGUCUCAAAAUUGCUUAACAAAUCUGUAAUGGAUUGCAGAUCAUAAUUAGAAAACUAAAAAAUAUAAAUAUUUCAUUAAUAAUAAUGGAGCAAAAAUGAAGAUGAAGCUUUAAAAGAAAUUUGCAAUUAAUAUCUUUCAGAAAAUAAACAAUUUAAUUGGAGUGACAUAGCAAAAGAAUUGUCUUAAAAGAGCAACAAAUCUACAAUAAAGUUGACAAAAUUUGUUAGAGAUAGGUGGAUUAAUAAACUAAAUCCCUAAAUUCAAAAAGGUCCUUGGGACUCAACUGAAGAAUUUUUAUUCAUGAAAGUCAUAUUAAAACAUGGGAAAAAUUGGUAGAAUAUUGCUUUAGAAAUGAAAAACCAUAGAACUGAGAGUUCUGUAAAAAAUAGAUAUUUUAAAAUUUUAAAAAAGUUAGAAUUAUAAGAGAUUUAAUUAUUGGAUAAAUAAUAAAUUGAGAAUGAACUUUAAAAACAUUAGAUAAAUUAAUUCAAUAAAAUUGAAGAGUUAGGAUAACAAGAAAUUAGCUAUAUUUUUUUCUAUUUAAAUGAACUUUCAUCGAAGCUUAAGAAAUAAAAUGUUAAUUAUUCUAAUUGUAAUCGUGAAGAUGACUAGAAAAUACAGGAACCGUCUAUUGAUUUAAAUAAUAGUCAAAAAAAGAAGCUAAAAGCAGCUCAAAAAUCCAGUAAUUCUCAUGCAACAAAUAUACUAUAGAAAGUUUUAAAACAAUAUUAAUAAGAUUAAAACUUAGAUUAUACUAAAAUUAAGGAUCAUUAUUAAGAUGUUGUAGUUUAAAAAGGAGAAACAGUUGAAUUAAAUGAGGAACCAAUUAGUGAUUCUAACAAUCUAUCUAAUGUUCAAUUUGCAAUCAUGAAUAAGGAUUCAUAAAAUAUACAUGUUUUUCCUAAAACCCAACUAAAAGCAGUCAUGGAAAUAAUUAAGCAAAAAAAAGAGAGCAAAAAAGAUUGUAAAAAAGAAAUUGUACAACCAUAGACAAAAUAGUAAUUGCCACAUGAUGGACCAUAUGUUGUUAAAUAAAAAUAAUAAUAAUCAUCAAAAUAAAAAGAAUAAAUACAAAAACAAACUUAAUAAUAAUAGGCUAUCCAACCUGCAAUACUUUCAUCAACUUAUGAAUCAUAAAUUAAUUAAUAGUAAAACAUGCUUUAAUAGUAGUAAUAGUAAUAGUACCAAUAAUACUAAUAAUAAUAAAAAUAAUAAUAAUAAUAAUAAUAAUAAUAAUAACAAUAAUAAUAAUAAUAAAAAUAAUAAUAAUUAUAAUAAUAGUUGUAAUAAUAAUAAUAACAAUAACAAUAACAACAACAACCUUUCUAUCAACUUCUAUAUCCCAAUCUUUUAUAUCCUUAAAUGUAGAUGCCUUAAAUGACUUAGAUGCCUAUUAUGGGAUAAUUACCAGGGUAAAUGAUGGGACCAAUGUCAGGAUAAAUGAUGAUCUAAGUGCCUCAGAUGGGAUAGAUGCCUGGAUAAAUGUAGGGAUAAAUAGCGGGUUAAAACCUACAAUUAAUCUCAACUCUUCCUGGUUAGAUGUAAUAGGUUAUUUAACCGAUAAAUUAAUAAAUGGCAGAAUAAUUUCAAAAUAUGAUGUAACAUUAAAUUCCUAACCCUCAAAAUAAUUAACAAUAAAAACAAUUAUAAGCAGAAUUGAAUUAGUAAAAUUAGAUGUAAAUGCACUAAAUGCCUCAGGGUGGAAUACCCUAAUAAUAUAUUCCCUUAAUGUAUUAGUAUUCAAUUAUUUAAAUAGGUAUGCUCCUUAGGCUUUUUAUGAAUAAUAACAGUUAUAAUAGAUGAGUUAAUUAGGUCAAUAGAUAUAAUAAAAUAAUCUACUGAAGGACAUGUUCUAGUAGACACCUUAAUAAUCGAUGCAACCAAUAAAUUAUCCCAUGCCCAUGAUGCAAUAGUUUGGUGAUCAAUUCUAUCAAUUGAAUAACCCGAACCAAAGAUUCUAGUAAAAAUAUCCAAAUUACUCUCAUGUGAAGCAAGAAUUAGAUGAUUAAUAAUAGAAGAAUAAUAAAUGA